CAUUUUUUAAAGUUCCAUUUGCGAUUGCGCAUCAACACCAAACGCUCCCUUAACCCACCCAACCCAAACCCCAAAUCCGAAACCGUCCUAUUCCACGUUCGAAUCAGGGGCAUCUCUGAACUGGAAAAAUCAGAUGCCAGCGAUUUGAGCGAUACACAGUGAAGAAGCUGCGUAGUGCGUUUCGCUCUUCCAAAUGGCGGUUUCCGAUAGUCCAAGCGGUGCCUCCACGCCGCCUCAACAGGAACAAGCCAACAAGUACGGUUUCACGAAGCCUCUCUCUCUCGCGGGUCCCACCGACGCUGAUCUCCACCGUAACAACGAGUUGGAGAGGUUCUUGCUCGAUUCGGGGCUCUACGAGAGCAAUGAUGAGUCCGCCGCGAGGAAGGAGGUUCUUCACCGCCUCGAUCAGAUUGUGAAGAGCUGGGUGAAGCAGUUGACGCGCCAACGUGGCUACACAGAUCAGAUGGUUGAGGAUGCAAACGCAGUUAUUUUCACUUUUGGUUCUUACCGACUUGGGGUUCAUGGACCUGGAGUUGACAUUGACACUUUGUGCAUUGGUCCUUCUUAUGUGAACCGAGAGGAAGAUUUCUUCAUCAUUUUGCAUAACAUUCUGGCUGAAAUGGAAGAAGUUUCUGAACUUCAACCAGUUCCUGAUGCACAUGUUCCAGUAAUGAAAUUCAAAUUCCAGGGAAUAUCUAUAGAUUUGCUGUAUGCAAGUAUAUCACUUUUGGUUGUGCCAGAAGACCUGGAUAUCUCUCAUGGUUCAGUCCUGUAUGAUGUUGAUGAACCAACUGUUCGAAGUCUUAAUGGCUGCCGUGUGGCAGAUCAAAUUCUUAAACUUGUUCCAAAUAUUGAGCACUUUCGAACUACACUGAGAUGCUUGAAGUUUUGGGCUAAAAGACGUGGUGUUUAUUCAAAUGUUACUGGAUUCCUUGGUGGUGUAAAUUGGGCUAUUUUAGUUGCUCGAAUAUGCCAGCUUUACCCUAAUGCAAUCCCUAGUAUGUUGGUUUCCCGGUUCUUCAGGGUCUAUACACAGUGGCGAUGGCCAAACCCUGUAAUGCUAUGCUCUAUAGAAGAGAAUGAACUGGGAUUCCCUAUAUGGGAUCCUCGUAGAAAUCCCCGAGAUAGAUUUCACACUAUGCCAAUAAUUACUCCUGCAUACCCUUGCAUGAAUUCAAGUUACAAUGUCUCAGCAAGUACUCUUCGUGUCAUGAUGGAACAGUUCCGCUAUGGCAAUAAGAUUUGUGAUGAAAUUGACCUCAAUAAAGCCCAGUGGAGCGCACUUUUUCAGCCUUAUAUCUUUUUUGAGGCGUACAAAAACUAUUUACAAGUGGACAUAGUUGCAUCGGACACUGAUGACUUACUAGCGUGGAAGGGCUGGGUAGAAUCUCGAUUGAGGCUGCUUACCCUAAAGAUAGAGCGAGAUACAAAUGGGAUGCUGCAGUGCCAUCCUUACCCACAUGAGUAUAUAGACACAUCUAAGCCAUGUGCACAUUCUGCAUUUUUCAUGGGCUUGCAAAGGAAAGAGGGAGUAAGAGGUCAAGAGGGACAGCAAUUUGAUAUACGUGGAACGGUUGAUGAAUUUAGACAAGAAAUAAAUAUGUAUAUCUACUGGAAGCCUGGAAUGGAAAUUUUUGUUUCUCAUGUUCGUCGAAAGCAACUUCCUGCAUUUGUUUUUCCUGAUGGUUACAAACGCACUAGAAUGCCAAGACACAUAAGCCAUCCGACUGAAAAAACAGGUGAUGAUGCCACAAAGUGCUACUCUGGAUCUGGGCCAUCUGAAAGAUGCACCAAGAGGAAAAGUUACCCUGAAAUGAUGGAAAAGAAGCCAGACAAACCAGAUAAACGGGCAUCUAUUAGCCCACAGAGGUUAGAAAGUGUUUCUCCUGAAAGUUGUACUAGUAAAUUAGGUGGUACAGCUCAAAUGAGUGUUGAUAGUAUGGAAGGGGUUUGGGUAGCUGGUUCAACGGCCAAGUAUGCUAACAGCAAUUGUGAAAUUAAGUCAUCUGAUGUGCUCCCAGGAAGUGGACUAAGCUCUGUCGUAGCUGACAUGCAGAUAAGUGAACCAGGCUUUGUUGACACCACACAUGAUAUGUUGAAACCGAGGAGUGUAGAAGUUCCUAAUGAGAAUGGAGUUGUCGUUGGGGACAAAGCUCAGGAUCUGGCUUUAGAUUGCUUGGAAAGUGAAGAAACUGAAUCGACUAACAACUUUUCAAACUGUAAAGCGGGUGUCGUCGAUAUGGAUCAGCAACUAGACAAAGCAUGUAAUUUCAUCACAAGGGAUGAAUGCUCAGAUUAUGUACCAAAUGCCAGCUCCCAGAACCUCAGUUGCGAGGGUGAUGUUUGUGUGGCUGAUCCAGAUCAGUUCUGAAGAGAGUGGGUGUUUUCUUGGAAAUAGAGUAUUUCAAAAUAUCAGGGCUCAAGAAUAUAAGGUCCUGCACCACUAUACGUGCUAUGUUUCCAGUAACUGUGCUUAAGAACCUAACUUGUUUUGUGUAUAGAGAGACUCAGAGACCAGACCUUCCUAUUGUUUCAUUUAAAUUUUUUUGUUUAAUACAUUUUUCCCUAAUUGUUAUUAUUCUUUCUAUUUUCUAUAUUGUGUAUAGCCAGAUUUCAGACUCAGAAGUGUUGUAAAAUUGAAGAUGGGCUAGGUGGACGAGUUUGGACUGAAUCCCAUGAUGUUUGAGAGGGUUAAUGGCUGAUUUUCCUGUCACGCUGCUACCCUGUGCAUUGUUGGUGGCCGUUGCUGUGCUGAGAUCCUGUGAGCGGGACUAAGGCUGUUGUAAUAGAACAGUGAGAAAAGAUACAACAAAUGAUGGCAGUGAAAGAGAUUGGGGUUUGGGGUAUAUGGCAUUGCGAUGAUCGUUUGUGUACAUAGAUGAACAGCAUGACGGAGACGCUUAAAUUGUGGUCUCGUCCUGUUGUGUGAAACAUGCGCUCAUCUCAUCUUCAGAGCUCUGAAUUGUCUCAUAAACCUUAACAUAUCUACUUGGAUUUUAAAGGAGUGGGAACUUUGUAUUUUGCUUGUGACGUAGAUGUGAUCGAUACGUUAUGUAAAUGUAAAAAAUGGCUGCUUCGGCUAGGUUAUUUAGAAGAGAAAGUGGUAAAACAAAAAUAUAUUGGCGGCAGAAUGGGGUAGUCUUUCUUGUUUAUCCUUUCUUCGGAAGUUUCGGUGGGAGGUUCCUUCUGUUUAUUGGGUUUCGUUGGUCUUUCAAUUUAGUGAAACACUUUAUCUUGUGAAAAUAGUUUCUUUCAUUAGUGCUCUUUCA